GCUCAACCGCAGCCGACGACCGACAGCGGAAUCAUCGCCAAACCGAAACGUCGCUCGCUUCGGCAUCACCAUCCCCCUCUCCACUCACCCUCGGCGCGCACGAGCCGACGACCCUCCCGAUCUAAGGGUCGAGUGCGCAGCACUCAAUCAGAUACAUCCCGCACUCCAACCCAACCCCGGGGCUCCGACACGACAAACACCCCCCCAAUUCGAGGAGGCAAACGACCAAGCAUCACACGCCCCCCUCAACCCUCAAACCUCAACACCCCUCAAUAAAAAAAUAAACAUGUCCGCCCUCCGCCCAACCGCCCGCCUCGCGGUGCGCAUCGCCACCACCACCACCCCCAUCACCAGCACCACCAGCAGCGCCGCCCUCGUCCCCGCCCGCUUCCGCUUCUUCUCGGCCACCCCGCGCCGCGCCGGCGGCGGCGGCAUGCAGUACGACCCGCCCUCGGGAUGGCUGUGGGGCGUGCGGCCCGGCGAGAAGUACCAGAAUGAGGGGUGGGAGGGCCCGUUCUUUUACGGGUUCUGGGGGAGCAUGGUUGUCUUUGCGGUGGCGUAUGCGUGGAAGCCGGAUACGAGCAUCCAGACUUGGGCGUUGGAGGAGGCGAGGAGGAGGCUGGAGGCUGAGGGCAUUCUGGAGGACCCGGAGAAGAAAUAGAUGGAUGCGGAGCAGGCAGGUCUGGGUUCUCGGGGGUGAGGCAGACGGACAGACGGACAUGCUACGCAUACAUAUGCCCGCAUAGAUGGAUGUACAUGGUUUGUUUUGUUUGUUGUUCUUGUUGUUUCCUUGCCCGUCAUCAUCGUCGUCGUCGUCGUCGCGUCGAAUUCUAUGGAUAUCGAUACAUGAUCCAGCUAGACCAUCAUUCGGAUAGAGGUGCUGCCCCUCUGCGGCAGCCGUGUUGUUGUUGAAUUGAGUUUGUCACUGAA